AAUAUAAUUUAAUUCCAAUUCUCUUUAAUUCAAGAAACAUGGCUGCAAUAACAGAUAGUAAACAACAGAUAGAGGCGAACAAUCCACUUAAGCAGCCGCAACAACAAAAGUUCGCAUUGUUGCCCAAAAUCAUUAACGGCGGCAUUGCUGGUAUUAUAGGAGUAACAUGCGUAUUUCCAUUGGAUUUGGUGAAGACCCGUCUUCAGAAUCAGCAAAUCGGCCCAAAUGGCGAGCGUAUGUACAACAGCAUGUUCGAUUGCUUCCGUAAAACGUAUAAGGCGGAGGGAUAUUUUGGCAUGUACCGCGGUUCGGGCGUCAACAUCUUGCUGAUUACCCCAGAGAAGGCAAUUAAGCUGACUGCGAACGAUUACUUCAGGCACAAGCUAACCACAAAAGACGGAAAACUGCCCAUGACUAGUCAAAUGUUAGCUGGAGGUUUGGCUGGCGCUUUUCAAAUUGUUGUCACCACUCCUAUGGAGUUGUUGAAAAUCCAGAUGCAAGAUGCUGGACGCGUAGCCGCUGCGGCUAAAUUGGCUGGUAAAACCAUAGAGAAGGUGUCGGCCACACAAUUGGCCACACAGCUUGUUAAGGACAAGGGCAUCUUUGGCUUAUACAAGGGUAUUGGUGCUACGGGAUUGCGGGACGUAACGUUCUCGGUCAUUUAUUUCCCAUUGUUUGCCACCCUCAACGAAUUGGGUCCACGGCGAAGCGAUGGCUCUGGGGAGGCGGUAUUCUGGUGCUCUUUCCUGGCUGGUUUGGCUGCAGGUUCGACGGCUGCUCUAGCGGUUAAUCCAUUUGAUGUCAUUAAAACACGAUUACAGGCCAUCAAGAAGGCUGAUGGGGAGAAGGAGUUUAAGGGCAUAGUCGAUUGUAUCACUAAAACUAUGAAACACGAAGGACCCACAGCAUUCUUCAAGGGCGGCCUUUGCCGUAUGAUUGUGAUCGCGCCACUGUUUGGUAUCGCCCAAACCGUAUACUAUUUGGGCGUAGCUGAAGGAUUGUUGGGAACGCAGAAAAAGUAAAGGAUCUUCCAGAUCGAAUCCAA